GAAAGAAAGAAAAAAGAAAGAAAGAUGUGGUCGUCGUUUCGUCUUUCCUCGUCCCUCCCCCUCCCCCCUUGAGUUUAUACUCAAUACUUGAGCUUUUCAAGCUCUUGUAUAUACCAAUCACCCUCAAUUUCGAGUUCUUAGUACUCAACCCUUUCAAUCCAGCAAUCUUACACGCCGUUGAGAUAUACGCGUUACAUCAUGUUCGGUGGUAUCGAUUCGGAACGGGACCUUGAAAAGGCUCCCCAGGUGGCCAAGGCGCCUAUGGAUGACAGCAGCGAUGGCGCCGUCCCUGGGGAAAGCUUCAUGUACGGCAACUCGGUCUAUGCAAAGCUUCAGCGGCUGGCUGGAAAGUUCAACAUUGAACAACGAGGUGUCGAGCGUGUCCCCGAGAACGAACGGACGGAUACCUCGUACUUCAACAUCAGCAGCAUGUGGCUGGCAGCCAACAUGGUGGUUAGUUCGUUCGCUAUCGGUAUCUUGGGACCUGAGAGCUUCGGGCUUGGCUUCGUUGACUCCAUCCUCGUCUGCCUCUUCUUCAACCUGAUCGGUGUCUUGACUGUCUGCUGGUUCUCUUGCUUCGGUCCCGCUUUUGGUCUCCGUCAGAUGGUUCUAUCCAGAUUCUGGUUUGGGUACUGGCCAACAAGAUUCAUCGCUCUUCUGAAUGUCUUGUCCUGUCUGGGUUGGUCUGCAGCCAACUCCAUUGUCGGCGCCCAGUUGCUCAAUGCCGUCAACAGCGACGUUCCUGGUUUUGCAGGCAUUUUGAUCAUCGCCGUCUGCACACUCUUCGUCACUUUCGCUGGAUACAAGGUCGUUCACUUGUAUGAGUUCUACAGCUGGAUCCCAACCUUCAUCGUCUUCAUGAUUGUCUUCGGCAUGUUUGCUCACUCUGGAGAUUUCUGGAACAUUCCAAUGGGCACUGGGGCCGCUGAGAUCGGCUCUGUGCUGUCAUAUGGUGCAACCGUCUAUGGUUUCGCUACAGGAUGGACCAGUUAUGCCGCUGAUUAUACCGUUUAUCAGCCCUCGGACCGCAGCCGCCGCAAGGUUUUCCUGGCUGCUUUUAGUGGCUUGAUCCCUCCUCUCCUCUUCACUCAGUUCCUGGGCAUCGCUGUCGCUACUGCGGCGAUGGUUAACGAUGGAAACAACAAGUACGCAACUGGUUAUGCCCAAUCUGGAAACGGAGGCAUCAUCUGGGCUAUUGUGGAACCUCUCGGCGGAUUCGGCAAGUUCUGUCUGGUUAUCCUCGCCCUCUCCAUUAUCGCCAACAACUGCCCCAACAUCUACUCCGUCUCUCUCACUCUUCAGGUCUUGAGCCACCACACUCAGAGAGUUCCUCGUUUUAUCUGGGUGUUCCUGGCCUCGUGCGUCUCUGUUGCCGUUGCUAUCCCUGGAUACUCGCACUUUGAGGAAGUUCUCGAGAACCUGAUGGACUUCAUCGCCUAUUGGCUGGCUAUCUACUCCGGUAUCGCUAUCGCUGACCACUUCAUUGUUCGUCGUGGCUUUGGUGGAUACCGUCCCGAGCACUACGACAAGCCCGAGAAGCUUCCUUACGGCUUCGCGGCUUGCAUCUCUUUUGCCUUCGGCGUUGUCGGCAUGGUCACCGGUAUGAGUGAGACCUGGUUCGUUGGACCCAUCGCCAAGCGCUCGCAUGGUGGUGAUAUCGGUUUCGAAUUGGCCAUCUUGUUUUCGUUCGUCGUGCAUGCUAUCGUCAGACCCAUCGAGCUGAAAAAGUUCGGUCGGUAGAUGCGUGCAACUUUCUUACUGUCUUUUUAUAUACAACAAUUUGGGAAUGGGUUUUCUUGGGAAUAGGCUAUCGUCUCUUUUUUUUUUCAUGUCUGUUAUGAGGAAUCAGCUUGUCUAUGGUGGUUCCCAAGUGGAACCAGACGGCUUCCGUCAUGCUAGCUGGUGUUUUGUACAUAGAUAUUAUUGUUGAUUCUAAUAACUCCCGUGCAGAUGAGCCGGGAAGUCGAAUACGAAUGAAG